AUGUACUACUCCUUUGAUUUCGCAGCCCAGGUAGUCCAUCUUUGUAUGGAUGAAAUAAGGCAUCGAGGGUUGGAAGAACGCAAAUUGUUAAGAAAGUCAGUUCCAAAUAGUGUCUUGUUUAUCAAAGUAUUCAAACGCCAUCGAUGUUCGGCCAUUGAUCUGACCUGUGUUGAUAUUCACUCGGUUGCUACCCUGAUGCAAGAUAUCCUGGUGUGCUGUCAAGAGAGAAUAAUAUCCAAAAAGGCAUGGCGAAUCAUAAACUAUGAAACCUGUACGCUGUCUGGCCUGUCACGACUGUUGACUGAGCAGGGAGAACAACUGCUGAUCGAUCUAUUGGACUUUUUGGUGGAGCUUAUGCACUACAAGGAAAAGAACGGAAUGGACGCCUACAGACUCGGCGAGGCGAUGGGCAAGGUGACACUGGGGCCUUCUGAAUGCAAUCCUGUGAUGGCUGAGAAGGCAGGUCAUUUUCUGACCCGGAUGAUUAUUGAGCACUCCAAGCUGCUCACGAUGCGUGGCCACAAGAGACUGCGCCGGAUUGAUUCUGGAUUUGAGAGAGGGCAUGAGCUGAGUGAUGGUUACCACAAGAAAACCAAAACCAAAACCAAAACCAGAGACAAAGACAAAGACAAGACCAACAGCCACGGCAGCUAUGGCCCGAGUUCUAACAGCACGUACAACUAUUACUGUGAUCGGAUAAAGCCAAUGACAAAGAGAGAGGCCGGCCGAGCAAAGGCCAAGUACUACGACCGGUUGAUUCGCAAGACCAAAAGUACGACGGCCGACUGGGUGCUUAAUCUGAGUGGGGUGCAGGCGAUGCUUGACGACACCUAUGCUGACUGUGGCCCGGACCCGCCUGAGAAGCCCUGGCUGUCGAUCUUCUCGACAACCGAGGAGCUGAUGGUCAACCGGGACUCUGCAUCGCAGCCGCUGCUGUUCCGUAUCCUGAUGGAGGCCAACAAGCCAGUUGUACCCGUGCCGGCCAAUCCGUUUGGCCAAUCGUAUCUGUUUUCGGCCAGCCAGGCCUACCAGGUCGAGAGUUGCCUAGGAGAGGCGUUUAAAGAGUUCGCGGCCCUGUGUUACAGCCACCCUAUGUCGCGGCAAUGGGUAGAAAAGACAACAAGCCCACUUGCCAAACUCAACCACUCGAUUUCAAACCUAAAAUUGAAUAUCCGAAAGAUCCGUUCACGUCACGACAUUGGUGAGGAGGAUAUUGGUGGUGUAGAUAGAUUUGUGGGAGUCGGGGGAACAGGAACAGGAGGAAUUUUGGGACCAGGAGGAUUUGUAGGAGUACCAUCUAUUGGAACAGCAGGAACAGCAGGAUCAAGAUCAGGAUCAGGAUCAGGAGGAGGAGGAGGGGAUGACAGUCUUUCAAGGGAUGACGCAACCUACAUUGGACACGGAGAAUCCGAUGGAAGAUCAUCCACUGGAGAUCAUCAAAAGAAGCCAAAGAACAUGAAGAGGAUGAUGCGGAGAGUAAUUAAGAUGGGUGGCAACAUGGUUCUUAAAAGAGACGAAGAUAAAAGUCUUUAA